UUAGAAUAUCCUGCAUAAAGAAGGAUAAAACAGACCAGCAUAAUGCAUUGCAACGAAAUACCUAACAAUGGCUGUAUCUAACCUGAUCGCAACGUAGCCAGAUGAUGACUACGUUCUGAUAGCGCAGAGGACCCCCUAAACCGCAAGCACCUGGCGCUGACCGUUGUUCCGCCAAUUCCUGGCUCAUUGUGCACUGUCCCCCCAUUUUAUGUACACUUCGAGUGCCCUGAAAAUUUAACAAUCAAAUGCAUCAAUACGAAGACGCUUCUAUGAUACUCUGCAUUAAGUCAAGUAUACCUAAAACACACAAACAUUGGUGUAACGACUUUCGACAACGUGCUCAGGCAAACGUAUAGGCAACAGAGACGUGCUAAUUUGCCAAGUCGAACAGAGUUAUGCAACGACUGUUUCGUCUAGGCAUCGUUGUUUUCUAAGAGUCUAUAUUGUUCAGAAGUUCUUUAUUUCGAUUGUUUGAUUAUCUGGUCGUUUGGUUUAAACGCUUAGAAACUAAUUUUGAGUUCAGAACCGAACUAACUGUUAAAGUAUAUAUGUACCUCAGAGCUUGUAGCACUUCUAGUCAGUCAGGUAUUAGCUUUUCUGUGACGGCAAACGAUGGCAACAAUUAAACUGAAGUACAUCACGCUGGCAUGUGUGCUGGCUGCUACUGUAGCUGCAGGGUCGCACUGCCACAACGACUACUACCAGCUUAAGAGUGUCGCCCAAGCGCAAGAGGAGUGUGCCCGUUACCAGGGCAUUCCGUGUGCCCGGCUAGCCGUCUACAACAAGUAUAUCUAUCCGAACGAUAGCCAAACGCAAUGUAUGGUACGUUGCAUGGGCCUCAACCUUGGCUGGUGGAAUGAUACGCACGGUGUACAGGAAUCGGCAAUGCGGAGCUUCUUCUAUCCGGACCCGGACGACUGCGACUACGAGCGCCGUACCUACCAUUGUCUUAAUUCUCAACGUCUCAAUCACCCAUCACCACACGUCGAUGUUUGCGAGCGUGCGUACGAAUCCUUCCGGUGUUACUACGAGCAUUACGGCAACAUCGUCGUAACGCCGCAGUUCGUCCCACUGAGUGAUCUACAGCAGGUAGAUGUAUUAUUCCAGUGUGCCAAUUUGCUACCAUUCUCUGUGGGAAGAUCGUGCGGUAGGAAAGCGUCGAAGCGUGAUGUCGAUUGUUUAGCGCGCUGUUUUCUGCUGAGAAGCGGAUUGUACAGUGAGCAACAUGGACCACACCUGGACCGUCUGUACGUGCAGUGUAACAAUUACGCGAACGAGACUCGUUUCCGUGAAACUACCGGUACCUGCUACCAGCGGCUGAAGUCGGAAUGUCAGGACGAAUGUGUCCUAGCGGGUCGGUUUUUGCGGGAAUGUUUCUAUGAAGGGGGAAUAUCAAUAGUUAGCUCACUCCCCGCAUCGGAAGCAUCUGUAGGAUCGGCAGGUUCUUUGGGUUCGGGACAAGGAUCUGCCGAAUUGGGAGAAUCUGUAGGAUCUGGAAGUACUUUAGGAGAGUCUGUACAAUCGGAACAGCGAUCUGCAGGAUCGAGAGAACAUUUAGGAAUGACAGGAUCUUUAGGAUCGGGAGAAGGUUCUUCCCAAUUUAGAGGAUCUGCAGCAUCAAGAGAAAGUUCUGCAGACAUGGAAGGAUUUGUACCAACGAGAAAACCUUCAGGAUCUUUGGAAUCGGCAGGAACUUUAGGAUUGGUCGGAUCUACAGAAACGGAACAAGGACCUGUAGGAUCUAGAGAAACUUUACCAUUGCCAAGUUCUUUAGGAUCAGGAGAAGGUUCUACAGAAUUGGGAAGAUCUGUACGACGAAGAAAACCUUCGAAAUCGGUAGGAUCGGUAGGAUCUGAGGAAUCGGAAGAAUCUGUAUAAUUAGGAGGAUCUUACGGAUUAGGAUUAGCAAAAAAGGAAAAUAAAUGUGGAAUUGAGGAAACAUUUA